CUGCCCUAUUCAAAGGUUAGUAUUAUAACGUAGUUUUGGUACAAUGGACAAUCAAGAGUCGAGGGAAGACUGCGAUACUGAAAGUAAAAGACUUGAGAGCGACCAGAUCCGUUCAGAAGUUUCAGCUUUUUCAGAGCACCUUAAUAACUUGUUAAAAAAAGAUGAGGAUCUUAGAAAACUUGGUUACAUACCUAUUAACCAUCCAGAAGUUGAGCUUUUUACUAAUUCCAUGGACGGAAUUUUGCUUUGCAAGUUGGUUAAUGCUGUAUGCCCUGGAAAAAUUAAAGAAAAAGAAAUCAAACUUUCUGUUGAUAAGUCUCGAAUCAAGGUUCCUGGAUCUAAAGACGCGUGGGAGAUAGCAACAAUGAUCGACACGGCCAUAUCUGCUGCGAAGUCUAUGGGAUGCGUAGUCGUAAAUAUUGGAAGUUCUGAUAUCAUGGAGGGAAACCGCACUUUGAUUUUAGCGGUAAUCUGGCAACUCGUGCGCGCCCACAUUAUGAAGAGCAUCAACUUAACUAGUCAUCCGGAACUAAUUCGUCUGCUUAAGCCCAACGAAAAAAUUGAUAAACUUUUAAAAAUGCGAGAGGAGGAUAUUAUUAAAAGAUGGUUUAAUUAUCAUUUACAAAAGGCUCAGUCAAGCGAUGAAAACUACAUUGAACCGGUACAAAAUUUUGGAAAGGACUUAAAAGAUUGUACGAAAUGGGUUGCACUUCUCAAACAGGUGGCUCCUCUUGAGUCCGAAGAAGCCGGUAUUGAUGAUGUCUUGGAAGUUGCGGACCCUCAUGAGAGAGCGGAGGCAUUUCUACGGGUGGCUGAAACUUUGAACUGUCGAAAGUUUACAACUGCUAGCGAUAUCGUUAAGGGCUAUGAAAGGCUGAAUCUCGCGUUCACCGCCACUAUUUUUAAUGAAUAUGUUGGGAUCACGCUCCCAUCGGAGGCCGAACUUCUCCGCCUCUCAGAAGACCUGGAAGAGCUUCGCGUGAAGAAUACGAAGUGCAGUGAAAUGCUUUCUCUUGUGCAGCAGCAAACAAGUUCUUUAGAAAAAGAAAAAGAAAAACUUUUGGCCUCUAUAAAACUUUUUGAAGCACGGCAUAAAGAGAGUGAAGAAGCGAUAAUUAAUAAAGAAAAUGAUAUUACUUUUCUCUCGAACUCUAGAUAUAAAGAAAUAAAGGAGCUGAAGGAAGCGUUAUCAGAAACGACGUUAAAGUUAGAAGAAAGUAUGAAAGCCUAUGAAAAAGUUUCUCUUGCUCAUGCCGAAGAAAAGAGAGAGUUGAGCCAGAAAGAAGCAAAAAACAAAAAUAGAAUUUCUACGCUUGAAGGCCAGAACUUUGAUAUUGAGGCUUCCAUCAAUAAUUUGAUUGAUAUUGCUGAAGGAAAAGGAAGCACCAUCGAAGAAAUGAAGCACGAGCUUGAAGAAAAAAAUGUUGAGCUUGAAAAUAAACAUCAACUUGUUUCUGAUUAUUAUCAACACGCAAAAGAUGUUCUGGAAAAGUUUUCACGUGACUUUUCUUUUGAGUCUUUUUCGUUUGAUAAGACUUCCAGUGAAAAAGAACUUUUAGAUAAUUUGCUCGAGGGGAACCAGUUUGUUAUUGAGCAGUGCGAAGAUUUACUUUUAAGAAAAAAGCGCGAGUAUAAUAGAAUUCAUGAAGAACAACUUCAAAAACUAAACGAACUGAGUGCCAGCGUAGCACAGUUUCUCGGCGAGGGGCCUUCUGCUGCGGAGGAUCCUAUGGCACAAGCAAAGAAACUUUUAGAACUUCUGACUGAAAAAAGUCGAAAGUGUCAAGCUCAACUAGAUCUCCGCUUGUCCACUAUUGAAAAGAAGAAUAAACUAAACGAAGUAGUUAGUCAGAAAAUAGUCGAUUUGGCUCAAAAUAAAAACAAGAAAAAAAAAUGGAAAAAAGUGAAGUGAAUACAAACGUUGCUGUUGUUGUUCAACUAAUAAAAUGGC